CACCAACUCGCAUUGCAACCUGUUUGUUGAGCACGAUGAGUUGGUCAAAGCGUAUACCAACAGCUACUCCGCGGAUGGCAUGCUUUCAUAAGAGAUCCUUAAAUACUGUGCCAAGUCCUGUGUGUGUGGGCUAUCUGCGGAAAAGCUCCACAUUCGCUCGCUCGCCUGCCAUAGCCUUGACAUAUUCACAAUAUGGACCGCCGGAGAAGGUUUUAAACAUAACAAAGGUCCCACUUCCGCCGCUGACAAGGUCCACAGUCCAUAUUCGCUUUGUUGCGGCGCCUAUCAACCCAGCGGAUAUCAACCAGAUCCAGGGAACAUACCCGGUAAAGCCACAGUUCAAAGACGGGCUUGGAGCCGUUGGUGGCAAUGAAGGGUUAGCGGAGGUCAUAGCCACUGGAGAUGACGUUACAGACUUGAAAGUGGGUGACUGGGUGAUACCAACAGCAAGCGGGUUCGGUACUUGGCGGAAGCACGCUAGCUGCAAACCAGAUGAGCUGUUGAAGCUCAAUAAGCACGGGGUCUCACCACUGAUAGCAGCAACGAUCAGUGUCAAUCCCUGUACAGCGUACCGUAUGCUGCGCGAUUUCGUCUCGCUCAAGCCUGGUGACGUUGUGGUACAAAAUGGUGGUAAUUCCGGUGUUGGCCAGUCCGUUAUUCAGCUCGCAAAGGCCUGGAAUAUCAAAACUGUGAACGUUAUCCGAAAUAGACCCAAUUUUGAUGAAAUCGCAGAAAACUUGCAAGACAUUGGAGCGGAUAUGGUGAUAUCGGAAGAGGAUGCGCGAAAGCCAGAGGUUGCCGCGAAGGUUAAAAAUUUGGGGCCACCGCCGCGGUUGGCGCUCAAUUGCGUCGGCGGCAAGAGUGCUACAAAUAUUGCUCGUUUGCUAGGACAUGAUGGUCAUCUGGUAACAUACGGUGGAAUGUCCAAGGAGCCACUCAUCCUACCUACUUCACUGUUUAUCUUCAAAAAUCUAACGAGCCAAGGGUUCUGGAUGACCAGAUGGUAUGAGACGCAUUCUAAAGCGGAGCGAGCAACCAUGCUCGACGAACUGUUCCAGCUGGCACAAGCGGGUAAACUGCGGGAACCUUGGCAUGAUACAACCUCUCUGCGCGAUGCACCAAACAUACAGGAAACAGCUAUCGCGAGUAUCCGCAAGGCCAUGAGUGGGUUCAGCGGUGGAAAGCAGAUAUUUGUGAUGGAUUAAAUAUCCCAACACGAUGGAAUGUGCACAGUGUGGCUAAUAAAUCAUCAAGUACGCAUUUUGUUUAGACACAAUGGCAUAUAUUGCCAAAUUAUAUUUUAUUGAAUAGCUUGACACGCC